CGUAUAAAGACAGGCAAUUGUUUUCAUUGUUCCAUAGCUUUAUCAUUAUCAGGAGGAAGAUAAUGAUAGAAUGGGCGGUUAUUUGACCGUCUCCUCGAGGCAGGACGUAGUAUCUCUAGAGAAGAACAAGCAGAGUUUAUCAGUUUAGGAAAAUUUAUUUAUUUAGCUGUUGCCUUUGCUCGAACUGGCUGUGUCAUAGGCAGAUGCAACAUAGAACUUGGAGAAUGGAGGAUCACUGGACAGCAAUUGUGGUGACCUGUUCCACUGCCAUAAUAAGGGAAGGCCUGGAGAAAGAAUGCAGCCGUCUAGCAAAGGUGGGGUUGUUACCCAGCCAUGAACUUCUCAUGGUAGUGGAUGACCCUCAGUGGGAGAAGAUAUCCAAAGAAGAAAGUGCAAGUAAAACAUGUCGGUUAGAGCAAGGAGUAGGUAGUGGUGGAGCGACCAUCAAUGCACUCCUUGUGGCAGUGGAGAGGCUCUCGGCAAAGAGGAAUCACACUACGAUAAGCAGUGAAUUGGUUUACAACAGCCGCUUCUUAGUGGUUCACCAUGGUCGGGUCUUGGCACACUCCCCAGGUGGCUCGCCCUUCCUGUAUGUUCCUCCUGAGUUAGCCUGCGUCUCUCAGAGAGCCAUGGCAACACCCCCAACACUGCUCCAGCAUGUUAUUUGGAUGGCAACAAAAGUAGGAAGGAAGAGCAACACAGGAGUCUGGGUGACCUCUCUUGAUGCCUUCAUUCCAAAUUCACCACAAAUUCAAGCUCCUGAUACAGAUGGUGUCAAUGGUGCUGUUGUAUGCACCAUCAAGACGCCCUUUCAACAAGCCACUCAUCAUGGCACUGUCAUUACUGAUGGAAGAAAGAAUAUUUUAAGGAUGGAGUAUAAGAUGUCAUUGGACAGAAUGAAGGAAGUAUUUAUGAAGGAUGAAGCACCUGUCAUCUCAGGCCUUGUGUUUCUUAGUGCAUCUUUGACAGAGCAGUUGCUGGGGUUACACACGCUCCCUCCUCUUGAUAGAUGCACAUACUAUGGAACAGAUAGUGGAAUUCCACCAUUACAGGUUUCAUUAUACUUUGACUUGUUACUGCCAUUAUGUAGUGGUGUGGAGGAGAAAGAGUACCUGUCAGGUCAGUGUGGGGCUGUGUACGCUCAGGUUGCCAAGUAUGAUAUCACAGCAGUGCAGGAGUUACACACUGCCAGACUUCAAAUAUGGAAACAAUUGCAAGGAUUGAAGGCAGUGUUCCAUUCUCUAGAAGGCACCAGGCAUCAUUAUUUAGCAUCACAUUUAACAUAUGAAUCCAUUAUAUUGCCAUUGCUUGCUCCAAGUUGUGUGGGCAAUAGCCAUCUCCAUGUACCAACUAGUGGUGCAGUGAAAACAAUCAAUGCUUACAUAGAAGGAAGUGUGAAGUCAACAGGCAAAGAUCUUUUCAUUGUGGACUCAUGGAUUGGCAAAGAUGUUGCUCUAGAGUGUUCUGGCUUGAGUACUUUGUCUGGCUUCCAGCUGCCAUGUGCAAGAUUACAGCUUCAGCUUGCUGGUGACUGUGUAUGGCAGAUGCAUCCUACAAGUGUACAAGAUGUUAUAACUUGUUAUGGAAUUAAAGACCAGUUGAGCCUGCAUUACCAGGAGAAGGAAGCAAAAAUAUUCAACACAGACUGGCCAGUAUUUAUGAAAAGGACAGGAUUAAGUCCAGACAUACUGUGGCCAAACCAGGCAAGUCACCACCAAACAUUCUUGACUGCAAAGCUGUUUUCAAAUAAAAUUUCAAAGGAGGAACAAAUUCAGAGUUUGGCCAUCAUGGUAAAAACACUUACAGAUGACAUUUCCAUGAGCGAAUGGAAAUCUAGGAUCGAAGAAUGGAAAGUGGGCUCUAGGAUUUCACUUCUUGAUGCUAUAGAAAGCAACAUAAUGCAUAAACUCAUAAAGCAACAUGAGGAUAUUUAUCUUAAAAUUGCUGAGCAAAUCAUAGAAGCCACUUCAAGUGAAUUAGGUGGAAAAUCUCUCCUUCCUGUAUUUGAGUAUAUAGCAGCAAGUGGACAGAUUUCAGUUAACAAGAUCAUGACAGUUCUGCAUCAGCAACUGAAUCAUGAACGUCCUACUACUCCACGACUGCUAGCCAACAUUGCAGAUCUUUUAGGAUGCAUGGCUGCUGGUGAUGGAGGGUUGAGAAGUGGUCCUGCAGCUAACCCUCAGUGGAGGAAUGCCCUUCAGCAGCUGAAAUUAGGGAACCAGAGUGGAGCAAUGGAACUGAUGUUUGACACCUGCAAAUCAUGGAUGCAAUCAGGUCAUCCUGAAGACUUGAUUAGAGCUGCUCGACAUUAUGAACGCGCUUCACAGAUUGUCAUUAGUCACUUGGUGGAGACAGCAGAGAUGCAUGUAUCCCCUAUGUGGGUAGCACAGGAUUUACGUCAGCAAGUCCCUGUAGGCGUGUGGGUAGAAGCACUCUCCCCUGCUAGGAUUGACCUGGCUGGAGGCUGGACAGAUACACCUCCCAUUUGUUAUGAGCAGGGGGGUGCUGUGCUCAACAUUGCUAUCAAGAUUAACAAGAAGAAACCAAUUGGUGCUCGUGUCAGGUUCAUUCCUGAACCCCACAUUGUGUGUGUUCUCCGUGACUGGUCAGGGGGUGAUGUACGCUUGACAUGGAGCCAGUUAGAGCAACUUGGUGAUUAUGAUAACCCUGUGGCUCCAGGUGCUCUUGUAAAAGUUGUCCUGCUCUACUGCCGCUUGGUGGAUCUCCACAGCGAGGAUACUUUGAUGUCGCAGUUAAAUGAGCGUUACAAUGCAGGUGUGGAGGUUGAAGUGUGGUCACAGCUGCCUCAGGGAUCAGGUCUAGGAGGAAGCAGUCUUCUUGCUGGAACUCUAGUGUCAGCAAUGGCUGUGCUGUUAGGCCAUCCACCUCCAUCCCACUCUCACCUUGUGCAUGCAACACUUACUAUUGAGCAGAGACUAACCACAGGAGGAGGAUGGCAAGAUCAGGUGGGAGGAUUAGUAGGUGGUGCCAAAUUGGGUGUCAGUAAUGUUGGGACACCAGUGACAGUAAAUAUGUACAAGAUACCUCUUCCUGCAGAGAUGCUGGACUUCCUUAACAAUCAUCUACUACUUUUGUACACAGGCAAGGUCCGGCUUGCCAGAAACUUGCUGCAAACUGUCAUUCGCAACUGGUAUGCACGGGACUCCACCAUCAUUGAGUGCUUCUCCAAACUCCAACGGUUAGCCAUUGAUGCAGCUGCAGCAGUGUUGGAAGGGGACAGGAAGGAAUUAGGGCACUGUAUAGAUAAAUAUUGGAGCCUCAAGAAGAUGGUUGCUUCUGGUUGUGAGCCUGGCAAGGUAAUGAAACUGAUGUCAUCCUUGAAGAACCACUGUCUAGGAAUGUCCUUAGCUGGUGCUGGAGGAGGAGGCUACCUUUAUGCCCUGAAGACCCUUUCAAACCCUCUCCCAAGUGACGUGAUUCCAGAAGAGCUGAGCAUUGACGCAGUAGAGAUCGAUCAGGAAGGGUUAGAGCUGUGGGUUGGAGGAGAAGCCCUCCAGACCCCAGAUAAUGAAGAGAUUCUAACUGCUGAAAAGUUGAGGAGUCUACAGUAAAAGGUUCGGUGGGUGUAAGUUUAAAAUAGAUGCGAGUUUUGGUUUGACUUGUUUUGAAUCACUGUUGAUACUAAAUAUGAAUAUGGGUAAGUUCGUAAAUGAAAUAAAAUGUUACGGAAUGUGAGUUGAAAGAGGUAUGAGUUCUUAUUUGAUGAAUAUAAAAUAAUUUGUGGUGCUAAAUAUCAAAUGAGUAAUUGUGAAUUUGUAAGUGUGAUUUUUAUUAAAGUCUUGGUAUAUUUUAUGGGUGAUACGUUGCAAUACAGUAUUUUCUUGUAGUAUAUUUUGUGGUACCUUUUAUAUUUGAGUAAAUGAAGAAUAGAAUACUAUAUAAAUUAUUGAUACUAUUUUUGUUAAUAAUGACAAGAUAUUUUACCACAAAUUUCCAUGAAUAACAACCAACAUGCAAUGUAAUAUGUUUAGUAGAUGUUGCAUGGUACUGUUGUUGCUAAUAAACUAAAGACAAGGAAAAAAUCAUCCAUAAUGCAUCUGUUCACCCUAGACUUGGGUAUUUUUCUACUUGAGGUUGGAUUGAAUAUGUUGCCUUAUUUAUGUGAAAGCAGUUCUUGUUAUUAAGAAAAUGGGGCCGUUAAAUUGAAGUGUUAAUAAAUUAUUAUAAAUAUUA